UGUAUGCUCAAUUAAGACACCUGUGCACGUCGCUGGAUGCUACCAGUAUCGGUACGAAGACAAAGUAAGGUAUUAAGAUAAAAAUGGACAGAAUGGACAAUAACAUUUCCUGAAUGUUUUGUCGGAAGGCGCACACGUGGAGAAGCCUUGGCCUUACCCAGAGUUCAGUGUCCCAACCAUCCUGAUGCCAUACUGGUGGAGGACUACAGAGCAGGAGACAUGAUUUGUCCUGAAUGCGGCCUUGUUGUCGGCGAUCGUGUUAUUGAUGUGGGAUCAGAGUGGAGGACGUUUUCUAAUGAGAAAGCUCUCAAAGAUCCAUCCAGAGUGGGAGAUGCCCAGAACCCACUGCUCAAUGGAGGAGACCUGACCACCAUGAUCAGCAAGGGAACAGGUGCAGCCAGUUUUGAUGAAUUUGGCAACUCAAAGUAUCAGAACCGCCGGACCAUGAGCAGCUCUGACCGGGCCAUGCUGAAUGCCUUUAAAGAGAUCAGCACUAUGGCAGAUCGUAUCAACCUGCCAAGGAACAUUGUAGACAGAACGAACAACUUAUUCAAGCAGGUUUAUGAACAAAAGAGUCUGAAGGGGCGAGCCAACGAUGCCAUCGCCUCAGCCUGUCUCUACAUCGCCUGCAGACAAGAGGGGGUACCAAGGACUUUUAAAGAGAUCUGUGCUGUCUCCAGGAUCUCAAAGAAAGAGAUUGGUAGGUGCUUCAAACUGAUCCUGAAAGCGCUGGAGACCAGUGUGGAUCUCAUCACCACGGGCGAUUUCAUGUCCCGCUUCUGCUCCAACCUCGGCUUGCCUAAACAGGUGCAGAUGGCAGCUACGUUCAUCGCCAGGAAAGCUGUAGAGCUCGACCUGGUGCCUGGCAGGAGCCCCAUCUCCGUGGCUGCUGCAGCCAUUUACAUGGCCUCCCAGGCCUCUGCUGAGAAGAAGACCCAGAAAGAAAUCGGAGAUAUCGCCGGCGUUGCAGACGUCACCAUCAGACAGUCGUACCGACUCAUCUAUCCACGUGCAGCAGAGCUUUUCCCUCCAGACUUCAAGUUUGACACGCCUGUUGAUAAACUGCCUCAACUGUAAACUCCACCUACCUUGUGCUGAAGUCGCUUUGCUGCACGUUUUAUGUUGGUUUAGGAUUUAAACUAAUUCUUUGGUUGUGGUCAAAACAAGCAGACUUCAUCAAGCCACUGUGACUGAAAUACAGAAACAUUCCAGAGCUUCAACAGCUUGCAGACUGCAUAUACUGCACCAUGUAUAUAUGUCCAAGCGGGAAAAGUAACUGAAACUUGCAGUUUUAGGCUGGUUUUCAUACUGUAUACUCAAAGCAAUUCUUUUGUAGAAAAUUUACCAGGUUCUAUUUUGUUUGAACAGUUUCAAGUAAUUAAAAAAUAAAGGAUUUUCAAUUAA